AACACUUCACAACAUCAGCUCCUUCAAUCCUUCACAGAUCUACCAAUAUUACAAAGGUGGUAUCUCUAUAAGAAUUCCCCUUUUAGCUUACUGUAUAUAUCUAAAACCCAUCAAUGGCAGAGAAGGAUCAACAGGUCUAUCCCUUGCCUGUAUCAACCAACACUCAAGCCAAGCACGACGAAGACGAAGAGGCAGGCACAGUGCUGUCCAAAGAGGCAGGCACAGUGCCGUCCAAAGAGCUUCGCAAGAAACGCAUGAAAUGUUUGGCUUAUGUUGUUGCCUUUGCUGUAUUCCAAAUCGGUAUUAUAUUGGUCUUUGCACUCACCGUCAUGAAAAUCAAAACUCCCAAGUUCCGCGUUAGGUCUGCUACAUUUGAGAGCUUUAAUGUUGUGACGACAACUAGUGCUCCUUCAUUUGACAUGAAGAUGAAUGCUGAACUUGGUGUAAAAAAUACCAACUUUGGUCACUACAAAUUCGACAACAGCACCAUUUACUUCUUCUAUAAGGGUACACAAGUUGGGAGUGCCUUUGUUUCUAAGGCACGCGCUAGAGCUCGAUCCACCAAGAAAUUCAAUGUUGUGGUGGACCUGACAACGACCAAUUUACCAAGCAAUUCGGGGUUAGGUGACGAUUUCAAUUCCGGGGUUUUGCAGCUGACUAGCCAAUCGGAAUUGAAAGGCAAGGUGGAGUUGAUGAAGGUGAUGAAGAAGAAGAAGUCCACGGAAAUGAGUUGCACUUUGACCAUAAGUCUGGCGGACAAAGCAAUCAGAGAUUUAAACUGCAGAUGAAACUUGAAUUCUCUAUGUUCUUGGGUUAUUUAGUGCUUGGCUUUCCUUUAAAGUAUUUUGAUCAUGUAAAUUAAUAUUGGGAAUAGCAUCCAAGGUGUGACUUUUUAAUAUCCAUUUUAUUUAUUUAUUAUUUAUUUCAAAUCUUAUACA